UCUUUCCCCGAUUCAGCUCUUUCUUUCUUGGGUUGCCCAGCCCGCCGCCGCCGCCCACAGCCUCCCCUCGGUCUCGCCCCCUCCCCCAUCUGUGCCCUUCCUUUAGGACUCCGUUCUUAUUAACCUGGCCCUUCCCUUAUGAGCUCUUUGAACUCUCGCCUGAAAGGCUUUGGUUUCGGUAAACGGAAGUCGAGCGCCUCGAUCCAACCCCAGCAGACGGGGAGUCCCAGCCCCAGUCCAAGCGUACAUCAGAGCCCGACCCCGCCUCCGGGACCCCCCCAAAUACCGCCAAUCUUCCCUUCGCGCCCGGGUCCCGUCCCGACGAGUGCACCCAAUCUCCCUCACGCAGGUAUUCCAAUGAAUCAUCCAGGUGCUGGUCCGCGACCGCCCAGCUACUCCGCGAACUACCCGCCAGGCCCUCCAGGCCCCGUCGGCCGAACAAGCCCGCUCACGAACCAAGGACCGACCCGUACUCCACCGUCGCAAAUGGUUGGAGGCCCUCCGCCCAUCAACACCGGGCCCCCUCCGGUUGCUGGGUACCCACCCCCCGUCAUGGGAGGCGGUCCUCCUCCGGUCCCUGGUGGUCCCCCGGGAUAUGCUGGUCCUGCCGGCUACCCGCCGCCGGUGGCACCGCAGCCCACUGGCCCGAUCGCUCCGUACCAGCGCAAUGCCGCCGCCGAGGUUGAGGGUAACAGCCGGAGCAAGGCUCAGUUGAUCGUCGGGAUUGAUUUUGGUACCACAUUCUCCGGGGUUGCCUUCGCUUUCGCCACGAACAACGAAGCCAAGGAAGACAUCAUCACCGAAUGGCCGGGUGCCGGCUCCUACACCAAGCAGAAGAUCCCGACCGUGCUCUAUUAUGACCAGUACCAGAAAGUGGUUGGCUGGGGCCCCGAUAUUGCCGAUGCUCUCGCCCCCACGGGUUACCCCAAGCCGGGGGUGCAGAAGGUAGAAUGGUUCAAACUCCAGCUGAUGUUGUCGGGCAACACAUACAUCGAUCCCAUCAAUCUGCCGCCUUUGCCGCCAGGGAAGUCGGAGAUUGACGUCGCGGCCGACUACCUCUUCAAGCUCCGCCAGGCCAUGCGGGCAGCCCUUCAAAAGACGCUGGGCGAGGUGUUCAACCGUGAGGAGAGAAACAUCCGAUACUACUUAACCGUCCCCGCCAUUUGGAACGAUGCCGGCAAGGCUGCCACGCGGGCCGCCGCCAUUCAGGCCGGUUUCCUCCGCGACGAGAACGACAACCGCCUGACGCUGGUCAGCGAGCCCGAGGCAGCGGCGCUUUUCUGCUCCAAGACUGGUCUGCUGAACCUCAAGGUCCACGAUGCCGUGCUCAUCGUCGACUGCGGUGGCGGUACGGUCGAUCUCAUCGCAUACGAAGUCGAGGACGAGAACCCGUUCACGGUGGCCGAAUGCACAGCUGGGUCCGGCGACUCGUGCGGCUCGACGGCGCUGAACCGGAACUUCAGCAACAUCCUGCGCACCAAGAUCAGGAAGAUGAAGCUGCCCGAUGGCUCCAAGACGGCCGGGCGGGUGUAUGCGAAGUGCAUCAUGGAUUUCGAGAACCGGAUCAAGGCCGACUUCCGGAAUAACGGUCAGAAGUGGGCUGUGGACGUUGGUAUCGAGGCCGAGUUCCCCGAGGCGGGCAUCGAGGAGGGCUACAUGACCUUCACCAACGAGGAGAUUCUGCAGUGCUUCGAGCCUGUCGUCAACCGCAUCCUGGAGCUCGUCCGGAACCAGAUCAUUGCCAUCCAGGCGCAGAACCGGACACUACAGAACAUUCUAGUCGUCGGCGGGUUCGGCGCGUCGGAAUACCUCUUCCAGCAGAUCAAGCUCCACGUUCCGCCGCAGUUCCAGUCCAAGGUGGUUCGGCCGAUGGACUCGGUCGCUGCCAUCGUCAAGGGCGCCGUCACAGCCGGUAUCACCGAGAGGGUCAUUACCCACCGCGUUGCCCGCCGGCACUACCUCAUGGCCACGCUGCAGCCGUUCAAGGAAGGCUACCACCCGGAAGCGUACCGCGUGCCAUCCCUCGACGGGAAGGACCGUUGCAAGUUCACUCGCCAGAUCUUCGUCCAGAAGGGCCAAAAGGUCAAGAUCGGUGAGCCGGUCAAGGUGUCCUUCUUCCGCCAGGUCGCCCCAGGGGCAACGCUCAUGUAUGAGGACAUUCUGUAUGCCUGUGACGACGACGUCUGUCCGGAGUAUACCAAGGAUCCCAGGAUCAAGGAGGUGGUCACGCUCACGUCGGAUCUAUCGCGCAAGAACCUGGAGAAGGAUUUCGAGCGUAUGGACACACCGCAGGGCACCUUCUACCGCGUCUACUUCGACAUUUACCUGACUCUGGACGGCUCUGAAUUCAGCGCCGAGCUCGUCUGCCAAGGCGAGGUCAUGGGCCGGUGCAGGGCACGGUUCCGGUAGAGACGGAAAGCGGCUUGUCGGACGGGAGUUAUUACUUUUUUUCUUCAACGCAUUCGGUCUCCGCAGUGAUACCUCAGUCUCAAUUCAAGUAGGAAAAUGGGCGUGAUUCGCAUAGCUGGCAGCGUGAAGCUCAUACAUAGGGCGAUAUCGCAGAUCCGGUUUUUAAUUGUUCAAAGCACUUCUUGGGAACCUGGGGGCGUAG